AUUGGAGUUGCACAUGAAACUCAACUCUCGCCCGUUUUUAACCUCUCAAGCUCCCGGUAGACUUUCAAAUUUUCAUCAUCAUCGUUCCAAAAUGUCGGAAUAUCUAGAAAUACCAAAAUUCACCGUCGAUCUAUCUCAACCCCCCGAGACCCGCUAUGACCAUAUCAUUCCGCACUUCAAGACCGCCGUGGACUCGUGCGAUUUACCUUCCCUGUUCUAUGCCUUACUGGAUGAACUUGUUGGGAAAUUUGCCGGGAAAAUAUUGGCUGCUGCCUCGCCGCUGAUUAUGCGACGCGUUCAUUCAGAUGAGGAAAAUGCAGAAUUGGUCGGUAUCUCGAAAGCGAUCGGCAUUCCCAUGCACAUCCUCGUGGCAUUCAAUGUUCUCUUGGACCUUCUGCUGGGAUGCACGAGUGGCGGGGUAAGAACUCUCGAUCCAGAUUCUGGUGGGAAAGCAACGAGAAUGCUUCAUUUUCGGACUCUCGACUGGGGCAUGCAUCAAUUAAGAAAUAUUAUUGUCGAACUCGACUUCGUUCGUAGGCCUGAAGGUCUAGUUAUUGCGACAACAAUUGGGUAUCUUGGAUACAUUGGGGUGUUGACUGGAGUGCGGCAAGGCCUGAGUUUAAGUUUGAACUUCAGACCGUACCAUGCCGCGGAAACUCUUCGGCAAAGACUUUCUUACAGAUACAACCAGGCGAUGGUGGUUCUUGGGCACCGACAGUCCAUCUCGAGCAGUCUACGACAAAUUCUAUUAGAUAACUCUACGAUACCGGAGAGACAGUCCGAUGAAGCACACGAGACGGGCAAUGUCAGCCCCGAUUCGCAGAACCAACAUAUACAACAAGUUCUCACAAAACUCUCGUCAUCCAAUUCAACCGCCGCGUAUCUCAUCCUCUGCCAACCAGACCGCGUCUUCGUCAUUGAGAAAGAUCACCGAAGCGCAUCGAUCCGCGAAUCCGAUACAUUUCUGACGGCCUACAACCACGACGUCAAAGACGAAGACAACCCCGCGCAUCUCCAACAAGCCGCAGCAGAACUCGCCGAAGGCGACGAUGCAAUAGGAAUGGCAGACCUGGUGGCCUAUUCACUUGAAAGAAAGCACGAUUUGGAUGAGUUAUGGAGAAAACGUGUCCGAGCUUGUAAAAGAAGGUACAAGCUACGGAAUGACGUCGUGACGAGGGCGGAUGUUAUCAAGUUUUUGCAAAAUGAUAUGAUUAGAAACGAGGAGACGCAUUACGCUGUCAUCAUGGAUCCGAAGGAGGGGAAGGUAAUGUGGCGGAGGGCGUAUGAGUAUGUUAGUGAGAGUGAAGGCGGGAGUACGGAGGAGAAUUAAUGUUUUCAAGACGCACGAGUGCCAGGACUCAUACUAGUGGGUCUUGGAAACAGUAUGAUAGACCAAAAAGUUACACGACGAUCUAAAACGGUAUCUUGGUACUUUCUGAUCAUGCACUUUCACGGAUUGUGUUUUUGCUAAACGUGGUUGAAAGCGAUACAUCACACCAAGACCACGGUUCAGUAGACAUGAUCCAAAUACUAUCCACGUUGAUUUCAGUUGACUACUAU